UCAGUCUAGUUUCUUAUCCGUUUUUCCUGACUGCUUAGAGUUGUAGAUUGCGCAGUGGCUGUGCUUUGUUAGCCAGUAUAACAUCAAGGGAGACCGAGGACCUGAAUCCAUGCACUAACCGAGAGGAAAAUGAUCAUCUGCACGAAAAAAAUGGACUACCCUCUCGGAACUCAAUGCCAGCGCGUCCAAAACCAGGUGAUGAAGGUGAACUCGGAGAAGGAGCGGGCGUCCCUGCUGUGCAUGAAGGCGCUGGCCAGCAGGGGGCGUCUGGACGCCGUGUCGCAGCAGAUGGCCUGGCACCCCCAGUACCUGGAGAGCUUCCUGCGCUGCCACCACUACAUCCUGCAGAUGGACGGACCGCUGCCCCUGCCCUACAGACAUUACAUCGCUAUCAUGGCGGCAGCGCGGCACCACUGCGGCUACCUGGUUUCCCUGCACUCGGCACAGUUCCUGCGGGUGGGCGGAGACCCCCUCUGGCUGCAGGGCCUGGAGUCGGCACCGCCCCGCCUCCGACACCUUGACCACAUCAACAAGGUCCUGGCUCACCGGCCCUGGCUCACUGCCCGCUCCCACAUCCAGGCCUUGCUGAAGAACGGGGAGCAGUGCUGGUCGCUGGCGGAGCUGGUGCAGGCGGUGGUGUUGCUGGCGCACUGCCACGCCCUCUGCAGCUUCGUCUUCGGCUCCGGGGCGGAUGUGGACCCCCCGCAGACCCCCAGAGUCCCCCUCGGCACGCCCCCUGGUUACUGCUACUGUGACGCUGCCAACGGCAACGGGGCUGUCCCCCCACCCUCCAACGCCCCCUCAGACAGGACGCCACGGCGACGGUCUCUGGACUCCAGCUGUGAGGUGGCCUGUCUCAGAGAGAGGAUUCAGAAAGCACAGGAGGAGAAGGAGAGGAGAGGGGAACGCCUCCUCAACUCCCAGACCCUGCUGUACACCGACGUAGAUGAGGAAGAUGAGCUGGUGUGUGCUGCAGACCCCUCCCGCUUCGACUCAGACCCGGCGUUUGGGUACCAGGAAUUUGCCCGCAGGGAGGAGGACCACUUCCAGGUGUUCAGAGUGCAGGACUACUCGUGGGAGGACCAUGGCUUCUCGCUGGCCAACAGGCUGUACUCGGACAUCGGGCACCUCCUGGACGACCGCUUCCGCAAGGUGGCGGCCCUCCCCUCCCCCCGCGGGCCCGACCUGAAGAGGGCCAUCUGGAACUACAUCCACUGCAUGUUCGGGAUACGGUACGAUGACUAUGACUACGGGGAGGUGAACCAGUUGCUGGAGCGUGGGAUGAAGCUCUACAUCAAGAGCGUCACCUGCUUCCCUGAUGCCAGCAAGGGCCCGCUGUGUCCCCUGCCCUGGGCCCCGCUCAAACCUGCAGAGAAGGUCCAUAUCAACGUCCUCAUCAUGGAGGCCAGGCUGCAGGCUGAGCUACUUUAUGCACUGAGAGCUAUCACUCAGUAUAUGAUUGCCUAGGCAGAGGGAGGGAGAGAGGGAGGCAGAGGGAGAGAGGGAAUGAGGGAAGGGGAGAGAAGAGAGACAGAGAGGCAGUCCCCCAUGGUGCAGAGGGGGCUUGCCAGGUGAAGGAGAAGGCGAACCGCUUUGGAACCGGGUGGGCAGGGGAGGGGGGAUGGGGGGGGUUCAGAUUCUGUCGAGGUGCAGAUGAGCACCGUUUGACAUUGAGAUGGGUGAAGUCAUGGGGAUCCACAAGCGGUAUUCAUGCUGCCUGACGGACAUACUCUGGUUCAAGUUCUUUGCCAAAAACACUUUAAUAUGGUGGAGGCCUCUCUGUCUAUAGGAUCCCUCUCCCCUUCCCUCUCCCCUAUCUCUCCACUGUUUUUAUUUUCCAUCUUUUGCGGCCACACUGCUGCCGACGAUUAAUGUGCAAUUAUUAUUAUAUUAUUACUAUGAUGAACAUUGAAACUCUUUAGACUGUGACGGAGGAAGAAGUUGAGACUGAGAGACUUUCCCAACACCCGAUAAAAUGUCUCUCGCGUUUAUUACUUUUUUUGGGUUAACUUCUGUUUCAUUUUUUGUAUUUUUUUUUUUUAAGUUGACUGUUUUUGUUCAUUUAUCUAUUUGUUUUUUUAUCCUUUUCCGUGUUCCCACUUGACGUCGUCCUCCAUUUUGACUUGUCGUGAAAGGCAAAGCAAGACUUGCGUUCGCUCAGCAUGUCUCGUGCUGAGCAACCUGAACAAAUACACUGCAGAACAAUAGUUUUUCCUUUUUUAAUAGCACUUUUAAAAAUAUAUAUAUAUAUAUGUGUAUUUAUAGAAUAAACACAAGGCUGUUUAUUAGUGCGGAUGCAAGGCUGUUUAUCGGUGGGAUAGAUCUUUUCUCUGAUGCCAGGAUUUUGCCGUCCCGCAGUUCUGGAUAUUUGGAGCCGUGUGGAAACAUUGGCACAGUGUGUCGAACCACUUCCUUUACCUCCCUGAUCCACUUCAUAAGACUGACCUCAGAUCAUGCCGUGAGGGUGGAGACAGUGGCCACUGGUCUGCACACUUAAACGAGAGCUGAUUGGAGAUCAGUGUAGUUAAGGAAUGGUUCUGAACACCCUUCUCCUCUGGUGUUGUCAGGGCACACGCUUGCUAACGAAGACACGUUCAGCACAGGGCUGGGGUCCAGACUCAACAUGAGGGUGCUUUUUCUUUUAACAUCUGUGCCUUUUGGUACCAUCGCACCGUUUUAAACAUAUUAUUGGGUAACGGGAUAAAGUCAUGGCCUAAUUCAGCUUUGUACAGGAAGGAAACCGAGCAGUGAUGUGAUAUGCUUUGGUGAUGGUUUUGUGACCUCAAGACAUAAGAUCAAAUGAAGGAAUUUCCAAACUUGGCUGACCUCAUCCACUUUAAUUCAGAGACAGCUGCAGGGGUCAGUUCUUGUCUCGUUUGUAACCCUACAGACGUAGGGGUCCUGUAGUCUCAGUGGAAAAAAUGUUGUUGUUCAUAUGUGCAUCAUAUGCAGGGUUUGCCACAAACUGGAUUGGUGCAAAAUAAGAAAAGAAAGUGGACUUGUUUGUACUAUUUUGAAUACCAAAUAGGCACGGACAGACUGCAUUGAAACUGUUGGAGUGUACUGGAGUGUGGGGUUUGUCCAUUGAACAAGAGGUCAGAGCCACAUAUCUGGUUGGCUGACACUUACUUGACUAAAUGAGAGUGGACACCUCACUUGGUCAUGUAUUUAUACCCCCCCCCCCCACUUUAGCCUGAAGAAAUGAGCCAAUUGACAUGUUUUCAGCAAAGGUACAGCUCUUUAUGCUGAACAACGUUGGUACCGUCAACUAAACAUAUAAAACAUUUCCUUUUUUAUUUUUAACGUGUUUUAUUUUUACUUUUUACGAUUGUUCUUCUCGUUUUGUUCAUGUUUUGGGUUUUUGCUGCUAUGUUUCCUCCCAUGGUGCUGUACCCUGAAUAUUUCAGAGGCAGUGAGGUUGGAAGAACCCCUGUGUGGCCAUCGUUGUUGAAAAUGGCUGUCUGUGUGCAUAUCGGAAGCGAUGUACGUAUCUGCGUGUUUCCCAGGACGCUUGACGAAUCCCCGAAUGUUCAAGUUGCGUCUGAAUUGCACCACCAUAAGCACUUAGAACGGGUGCCUUUUUCGAGUCAGGAACAUUUAGACUGUGAUUGAGAAUUGUGACCGAUCUUCGGGGGACUGAACUCUUGACUCUCCCGUUGUUGACUGGGCUGGGCUGAACUGUGGCAGAGACGGGCACCGCUGUAUGGGAUUGCUCCACCAGGCUCUCUGAAGCUCCGCCCGUCUCGGAGUGCGGCAACACCGCCACAAGCUCCCCUGCACGCCAGAACCCCAGCACGGCUUUACCCUUCUAUGCUGCCCAGGUCAGCGGACAGCGGCACACAAGCGGACAGACUGGAGAGGAAACACUGUAGGAAGUGUUGGGUUCUGGUGCACUACACGGCUAAUGGCAUUGGCUGAUCUUUGGCACCUUUUUGUGACAUCACUUCCACGUCAACCAGUGGAGGAGCUCUUCCCCGGAAGAGCAUCACAAAGGGAGCCGCCCAAGCUUCUCUUCCAGCCCAAAGUACUACAAAGACAGGAACACCAACACUGAGACUGGCUGGCAGGCCAUGGCUGUAGCCCAGGUGAUUGAUAUUUACCACGUAAAUGUAUGGACAAACAAAAAUAAUAAAAAAAAGUUUAAAAAAAUAAAAUUAAAAAAAGUAACAUGAAACAUGAAAAAGCAAACAAAAAAAAGUUUUGAAAACUUGGAAAAGACUUAUUUUUUCUAUAAAGAUAAAUAUGUUCUAUUAA